UCAUGAUGGAACGGGAAGAGACUAUCGCUGCCUUGCUGGCAGAAAAUGGAAGACUUGGGAAGGAAAAUGAUCAGCUGAAGUGGACGUUAAGUUUAGUCAAAGAGAACGAAGACUUAAGAGGCAGGAUGACCUUGAACCUCGACGCUCAGGAGGAGUUAACAGUUGGCGCACUGUCAGCACCCAAAUCAUCUGGCUCAUUGCAAACGUUUGAUGAAAGACAUUUCAGAAAGCACUUGGACCAGACCAAACUCAAGCAAGAACACCGGACCUCGUCUCCUGUCACCUUCAAGUCCUUCAUCCAAAGCUCAAUGCACACAAAUGCAGAGGAGAAAGCGGAGGCUCCAGGCCAAUCGGAUCCUCCUACCGAGGCCAAAGAUAGACUACUGGGAGAGAUUACCUACCAGCUGGAUAGGAGGAUUCUGUCCCACAUCUUCCAAGGCAAUCACAGAUUUUACGGUUUCACGCUGCCUAACAUAUCUGAGAAAAUAGUGGAGGUUAGCACACACCCACUGACAGGGAAGGUAGAUGAGGACUAUCAGCUCCUUCUCACUCACAGGCACGCUGACCUCAUGCUGCAGUUGAGCCAGCUCGGCUAUAAGCCUGCACUUCACCCAACUUUCAUUGAAUUUAUUGUCAACACCUAUGGGAUCCUAAAGGAGAAGCCAGACACGCACAGCCAUCAGGCAAAGGACUACAACAAUCCUGAGUUCCUGAGGAACCUGAUAGUGAUCACAGCACCAGAAAAACUUCAGACGGACCUGCUGCUCCUGCUAAACUGCCUCUGCUACAUGGCGGAGAAGGACAGAAAGCCCCUGAUUCUGUGGUAGACACCUCACUACCAUCCACUUAAUGCUAAUAAACAAGCAACAAGAUGA